GCGGUCAGCAGUGGCAUCUUCUCGCUGUCAUGGCAGUCAUCAGCUGGGUAGCUCUAAAAAUGCGUUCGUAGGUGCCAAGACUCGCCGCCCAGCUUCGUUGCUCGGAAUAAAACCGUCCAUAGCCUAACGCAACAGCGAAAGGAAACGUCAUGGCCCACGUAAGGAAGCUGAGCAUCAGCGGGUUCCGCACGGACGAUGACGACGACGAGAGAAAUCCACUCGACUCCUCAUACAAGUUUGGUUGGCCCGGAGAAUCGGCGGCGAACGGUGGUACGACGUCUCCGUCGCUCAUGAACGAUCCUGUGCGCCUCGAACUUAUCAUUCGGCGUGAGAUGUACUGUUCGAAGAGAACCUCGCGGAACUUCGGCGACUACGUGCAGAGCCGCGAACUGGGCCUUCAGCAUAGGCAGCGUCUGAGCGUGAACGAGACGUACGGCGCCCGUCAUCUGCUCCAGAACGGCCUGUACCGCGAGCGCGAGAUCAGCCUGGGCCGCAUAAACAAGGUGUUCUGCUCGGCGUGGCUCUCUGAGCGUCAGAUAGUGUUCGGCACGAAGUGCAACAAACUCAUGGUGCUCGACUCGGAGAACGGCAAGCUCUGCCAGAUUCCGAGCCUGCAAAGCUCGCACGCCAGCCCGCCGCCCGAGAACCACUGCGGCAUCCACGCGCUGCAGAUGAACCCCUCGCGCACUCUCCUGGCGACGGGCGCCCAGCACUCGAACGACACGGCCAUCUACAGGCUGCCCACGUUGGACCCAGUGUGCGUCGGCGAGAGGGCUCACACGGACUGGAUCUUCGACCUGGCCUGGCUCGACGACGAGUUUUACGUGACUGGUUCGCGGGACGCGACCCUGGCGUUGUGGAGGGUGCAGGAACCUCGCGGCUGGGACGCGCGCGCGCUGCUGCCGCUGCGCUAUCAGGUGGUGAGGCCGCUCGCCGUGCGCGGUUGCAAGGACGCCGACAAGAUUCGAGCGCUGCUGUUCAGCCGACGGCACGACGAGAUCGUCGCGCUGUCGCUCAACGCUUACAUCCACCAGUGGGACGCGCGCACGCUGCGUUGGAAGGCGUCUCACAAGAUGCCUUACUGCCAAGAGAACGUCUGCCUCGCGCAGCAGCCCGAGCGCAACGUCUACGCGGUCGGUUCCAAGUCGUACGUCACGUUUCUGGACUCGCGGACGCUCCAGCAGACGCAGAAGGUUCCUUCGAAGUACAUCGGCUGUGGCAUCCGGUCUCUGAGCUUCAUGGAUGACCUCCUAACCAUCGGUACUGGUAUAGGUGUGCUGCUGUUCUUUGACUUGCGCGCUUCCAAGUACCUCGAAGACGCCGACAGGGCCAGGUACAGCACCCUAAAAGCCAACAGGGGCUGGGUCCAUGCCGACGAGUUGUACCGUGAGGUUUUCUGGAACACCGAGUACAAUCCGGCCAUCUACACGCAUUGCUAUGAUCCUUCGGGGCUGCGGCUGUUUGCAGCUGGUGGACCCCUGCCCGCGAGCCUUCAAGGCAACUAUGCUGGAUUGUGGUAUUGACAGUGGUGGUCGUAGCGCACGACAAGGCCUUUGACAGCUUCACCUGCCAGUGAGCCAUAUUUGUUGGUCAAAAACAAUGUCCCAUAUGCCUUCUGGUGGCACCGAGUGAAUUUUUCUUAUAGUACAGCAAAGACUAUCAAUGUGUGCUUUGUGCUGUUCGGUUGUGAAAGUGGCUGGCCCGCCUUCCUUCUUUCUCCCACAAUUGCAAAAAACAACUGGCAAAACUUGCAUGUGUCUUCAAACCACUGCACGAAAGGCUGUUUGCUGCGGCAUGGCGAAGCUAAAUUCCUCCAGACAGAGUCAUUGUGAAAUUUGACUCCCAGUGCAUCUGCUGCUGUGCUUGUUUGGGUUAUGGAUGCACGACAUGAUGCAGCUGUGCCCUUAAAUGAGGCUUAGUGCAGCCUUCCCAAGCCUGAGAUUGCUUGAAGUUUCCUUUUUUUUUAAACCGUUACAUAUCCUUAUCAAUCUAGUAUGUGAAGAAGGGUCUCUGCUGCGCUGUUGCUUAUGGUGCUCGAGCAUGGGUGAAUGAAGGCAUGUAUGGUAGUGGAUGAUAUUCAGGCCCUGCAUUUUAGACCUGCUUCGACUGCAAUGUAGCCUGAAGCCUCAUGAAAAAGCUGUUUGCCACAGCACGCAUUAUCCACACUCUUGUCUAUCUUGCCUCACCGCUUAUACCAAUGGCAGGUAGGCUUUUCAUUCAGUCAUGGCAACCCAGUGAUGCCUUCGGGCAGCCUUUCAGGCCAUUGGAGGACUGCAAAAAAAAAAAAAAAAAUAUGGAGCUGCUCUGUGUUUCUAAAGCCACUUUGUUGUGGUAACACUGUCGCAUUUUAUUGUGAAAAGUGGGUAUGUCACACCAAACCGGUGGAAACAAAUGUGGUAUAAUUUGCAAGUGGAUGGAGAAAACUUGGCUUUCAGUCCUCUCAGUGUGUAAAGAAUCUCUUUGGCUGCAUUUUGGCCUGGUUCCUCUGUCCAAAUGGUCAUCCAGAAGUGUUCAUUUCGUGGUUCUUUGCUAUUGCGUGUUUCUUUUUUUUCCUGACACUGCCCCCCACGCUUUUGCGGAACUUAUAGACAUAAUAUAACUAGCUGAUGUGUUUUAAAAAGUGAAUUGCUGUUUUUGGCAUUUGCGUGGUUUGAACACCUGUUAUACGUGCAAUGUGAAUGUUGUGCUUGAAGUAGCAUGACAUCCUUUUUGACACCUACGUUUCUUUUUACUGUUUUUCAGCAAGGACCCAUGUGUAUUGCCUCACAAGCUGGCCACUUUCGUGUGAUGGUCGGCGCUAUAAAGUUUUUUUGUUUUUUUCUGGUGGUGUUUUUUUUUUUGCAAAUGCUUUUCAUUGGGCAGAUUGUUCAGCAUUACAGCUUGAUUGGCCCAGUGAUAAAUGUCAACGUGCUGGUGCGAGAUUACUCAAGCAUCUUGGUUUACAAAUGUUCACUUGUGCUCUCAUGAUUGGCUGGCAUUGCGCUUUCAUCAGAGGUUGUCAGUGUGGCAAGGUGGGAGCGCAAAUUGAACACUGCCUGCUCUGAUGUUGGAGGCAAAGCGGACAUUCGGAAUACAAGAUGCUUGCGCAAUCUUGCCCCUGAAGUUUUCUUUGGUCCCUGUAAGCCUAUACCUAUAACCAUAUCGGUCUUGAUGAGUGCUCACAAACAAAUGUGGCUUCUGCAAGUUCUGACCUAACAUGAUCUUGAAUGUUACUGAGGGAUGGUUGGUAUUGAAGCAAAGUGGGUUAAACCAUCGAGUUGUAAUCACUAAAAAUACUUGGGCGAACUCUGUCACUAGUGUUAUAAAGGAGCUUCAAGUAUGGUUGUUCAGCUGGCAUGGGGAAUAAUAGGCUGCGCAUGGAUUUCCCAAAACUCCCACCUAGGCUUCCUUAACAGGGCUUCAACUAGCAAAGAAAUUAUUGGCGUGAAAAUCGAAACGUGGGUGAGUUGUAUUACGGUUCAUUGUGGAUCAGUGCAAAUAACUAACAUAGAAAAAGAAAGGACAAUGCAAGCGCUGUACUGAAACAGACGCAUGACAAACAAGCACAACGAGGAACAUGCCAAGCUGAAAACUGAAGGCAGCCAAAGUCUUAUCACAUAUACACCAAACGUGGGGUUAGAUAUGAGUCGGAUGUGCACAUUCAUCCUUUAAUUCACACUUGGCAAAAGAUGAAUGUGCACGUCUGAGUCAUAAUUAAUAAUACAUGUUUGGUGCAUAUGUGACACUGUUGAAGGUUUUGUUUGUUUUCAUUUUAGCACAAUCUGCUUUAUGCAUACGUCUUGCGUGUCUUUGCUAAAACUUUCAGUACAAUGCUUGUGUCGUCCCUUUCUUUCGUGUCUGUUCCUUGUGCUGCUAUGGUAUGAAAAAACAAGUGUGAGCCAUGUUUCUCUGAUUGCCUAGCGUGAUAUAGCUAUGGCUGCAGUUGCAUUUCACACAUCAUAUUUAUUAUUGGAAACAUUGCAGGUAGAGAAUUGCAAACUUGGAAGCUCUUGCACAAAAUGCGAUUGGUUGCUCAUGCAUUGAUGGCCACUGUUGAUGGCAGCAUCACUACACUCUUGCCUUUAGGCACUCUUGAGGUUCAAUUACAACUGUGAGAGAAGGGACUUUCUGACGCCACCUUUAAUGUUAGCUGGUAAAAUCAUUUCAUCAAGGAGAGUAAGGUUAUAACGCACGGAUUGCAUGAUGGCGUACAGAAUAAUAUGUGAUGAGAAGAAGGUGUGGGGACAUCACGAGCACAUAUGUACCAUGCUAGUAUACUGCCUACACACUUGUCCGAUGGAGUGGCCUGAUUUUCACUCACUGUGAUGGAUUAUUGCAUGCUAAGGGAGAGUGAGUGUCUGAGAUAGUUGUAUGCAUGUGUGCGUGGAAAAAGGUAUGAGGGGGUCGGAAGGAGAGAAUGGGAUUUCUGGGCCUCUUUUAGUACAGCGUGCCAUUACUUGUGGUGCUCAGCUCUCGACAAGCUUUAGGCGAAUAGACUUCCCUUCGUCGGAGAGAGGUGCCUCAAUGUCUUCGUGUGGGCUAGCGAAGAAGGUUGCUCGUUGCCUGCUAUCUAUCCCCUGAUGGCUGGGAAUUCCCGUAGGAGGUGACGAGGUGCACUUCGCCUUGCAUGGCGGGCCUGUGGCUACUUCAGGUUUAAUUUCAGUCACAAAAGUCGAGAGUUUGCAAUUUGUGACGCUACCUCUCAUGUGACCCAUUUAAGGAAUUUUUUUAAACUAGGAAAGUAAGGUUAUAAUGCAACUUUUUCUUUUGCAGUGCGAUUGUGGUGUAAUUGUUGGGUACUCGUUUCUAAGGUGUGGAGUUCUUGGUUUGAACCAAGUUGAUUGGAAUAUUUUUAUUUAUGUUGCCAAAGCAUUUGGUGUGCUGCUACAAUUAAGCCUGAUCCUUAGCUCAUAACUGCUUAGCCAAGCAAAUGCUAUAUUUAGUUCGCUAUAAUGCAACAUUUUCAGCGCUAGAAUACACAACCAAAAGCAAUGCACAAGGUGUUUUAUUCAUGCAUAUUGGAAAAUGACAGUCAUAUAAAUGUGAUUGAAUCUAAAAAGAACUCUGUUGCACUAGUUAUGUCAGAUUCUAGACUGUGUAAAGUCUGCCUGAGCAACCAGGGGGCAGCAUGAUUUGCAUAUGCUGCUAGCUUGUUAGCAGAAUGCACUUCAAAGUACAUUACUAGCUUUGCCAAUUGAAUCGAUAAAGUGUCACCAUGCCAACCAGCAUGAAUUGGUCUGUACAUUAUUUUUUGUCUCAUUUUUUGGCCUUGGAAGAAUCGAGGGUCGCAGUUUAAAGUGUACAUAUAUUCACCUUUAAUAAAAACUCAAAAAUCAAGUUGAGGAAUGAAACAUGAAGCUGUAACAGUGAAUUGUUUAGAAACCUGGGCGCUGUGAACUUGUAAUAGACAAAGUGGAAUAGCUGACUCGGGCACUAUGCAGACAUUGCCAAAGGGAGUGACCUGCCCAACGGUAAUUGCAUUUUGCGUCCGGCGUGCAAUAUGUGUCUUUUGUGCUUUCACCGCCUGAUUGACCCUUUUGAGGUUGUUAACCUGACAAGCGCGAAGAAAUAUACAAUGCUUUCUUCGAGUCUCACUUGCAUGUCCUGUUGUGGCACUGGAUUCGACCAUCACUGGCCACGCAGUUUUGCUGUAGAGCGCAAGGUUGCGGGUUUGACUUCCAGCCACGACGGCCGCAUGGGGCGGAAUGCAAAAAUACUGGUCAGUGUGAUGUCAUGAAUUUCAAAGUAUUUUGUGUGUCGACUGGUUGUGGCCCAGUAAAAGUCCUUGAAUGAAAAUUGCCGAUUGCCUUUGGCUAUCCUUCGGAUAUAAGGUACUCUACCUUUAAUAUAAGUCGGCAGUUGUGCGAGUAGGCGACCAGACACCUUGGAACGUGGGAAGCAGCACACAGUACAAGAUGCAAAAAGUUGCCGGGGCAUCCAUCCUUUGGAGAUGAUUAGUGACAUUAAUGUGAUCAGCAAUCUAUCUUGCAAUGGGUUUCUAAAUGGUUCACUGGUUAUGUCCCAUCCGUAGCACACACCCAAUGCUAAGAGGCAAGAUUUUCACACACGGGCCAUGAGAACUUGCGCACGUCCUAGUUCCAAGUGAUCCAAGUUUGUGUCAAUGAGGUUCACUAAAUUAUGGUACAUACCAAGUGACCCAACUUGUUCCGUCGGUUGGUUUCGAAUCCAGUUACCUCAGCACAGCAGUCCAAUAACCAUUAAACAAUAGUCUACCCAGUGACCCAAGCUGGCGUGAAAGAGCCGAAGACAAACGUACAGAUACCAAACACAAAGAAUGGCAAUUGCAUUAAGAAGGUUAUCUUGCCCUUUUCUUCUUUUGUGCUGCAUACUGUGCACUGCUUUCUAUGUUUUAUCUUUACUGAUAACAAACUAGGCCUGAGCAGACGCAUUUAAAAUUCAUGAUACCACGGUAAGCCGGUGUAGUGACUUCAAGGUGGCAAAGCAAAAGGCAAAAAACAAGAAAGACUAGUAUCUUUUAUGUCUUUGCCUUUUGCUGACUUACUAAAUCGCCACCCCAUGCAUCACAGUAAUAAAUGCUGAUGGUCCCAACCAAAAUAAAGGCAUUACAACACAGCAAAAACAGUUGUGUGCCAAGCAAAGGGGGCAUGUUCCCCAGGCAAUCAAGAUUAAUUUGGAGCCCUUCAUCAUGUUGGCUUUCAUAGCCCCUGCAUUGCUUUGUGACAUAAAUCCAAUCAGUCACAGACUUGCGCAUAAGAAAUUAAAUGUUAUGAAUUUCUUGUAACCAGUUACAUUUAUGGUGGUUUUGUAAUGUAUUGGUUACUUUGCUUAUUCUGUAACACUCAUUGUAAUUCAGUUACUUUUUUCACUAACCAUCUACAUAUAACCAGUUAUUUUAUUGACGAAACAAACUGUAACAGGCGAUGCAGAUUUAGGCAUCGGAGUUUGGCAAGAACACAGUGAAAUGCCCUGAGUCUGCAAUUCAUAUCAUCCAAAAGGAUGAAAACAUGUACCUGGAUUACCCCUUUCCCACAAUUAGCAUCCUACAGCUAUGGCUUAAUUAUCUGAACAUGGCUUGCUUGCAGAUUUGCAUGUCUUUCUUGGAAGCUCUUCUAAGCUGCUUUCAUAGACGCUAAGAGCGGCUCCUCAAUUUUUCGCUUAGUGCAGUCUAUGGCUUCUCUGUUGUAGAGAGAAGUUUACAGCUGUUAGACGCAUAAGUUUCAAUUUGUCAGAACGACUCAUAUAAAACUGAUUUUGCAGUUGUAACACAUGAGCUAUAUUUUUAGGGCUAAAUAAUAUGCAGAUUCAUUGCACAUUCGUCCACCGUUUUGAAGAAUGUGAAUGCCUGCUAGCAUCUGUGCAAGUUUUCAGGGUCGCGGCUGUUGCCUUCACAAUUAAGAAAAUUAGGCAAAGUUGCCCAAUAAAGAUUCUAAAAAGCAAUAGUUAAUGAAGAUUGGCAACACGUGAGAGGCCGCAGGAGAUGCACUGAAACAACCAGGCAAGCUUGUUAUAUUUACUGUGCUUGUGAAAUGUUAAUCAAAGUUUGGAGGAAAGUAACGUAAAAGUAAUUAAUUAUAUGAGUGCCAUUUAGUAAAUGAUCAGUUAGUGUUGCUGGGCAGUAGUUGGCCACUGUAAUCGAUUAAGAUUUCUCAUGAAGACAUUGUAAUUGUAAUAAAAAUAAGACAGUGCA